UUUUAAUUUUAUUUUGGGUAGCAAUUGAGAAAGCCCUAUUAUAUUUCUUCCCUCCACAUAGUUUUCGUUCUCAAAUUCACACACUCACAGAAAGAGGACGAUCUUGAAUUGAUUUUCCAUUGUUUACAGACCCAAAAGCUCGUUCACACCCACAACAACUAUAUAAUACCAAACCUGUGAAUAGCUUUAGCUCUGUGAUAUUCCUCGUUUCUGCUUUGGCUUAUUCCCCCUUUGGAACUAAGUAAAGGCGAUCACGGCACGAAGUUUCUCAAUUUUGAGUUCCGUUUCUCACAUUUUACAGGAGGAGAGAAGAAAAUCCUGAAUCUUUAUUCUGAUUCUCAGCUCGUUAAAGGGUCUCUGCUCUUCCAGAUCUUGCUCUGGCUUUGAUUUCAGGUAUUCUGUUAAGAAGAAUAUGCAACUCAUAACCUGUUAGAUACAGCAGGCCUGCAGAUGAGCUAUAGUUACUAUCUCGAGGUUGAUUUUUUUGGUCAACAUACAAUCAAAAGUUUAUAAAUAGUAUGGGAAUCCUUUCACGCAGUUCAGCUAGUAGAAAACCAAAUGAAACUAUGAGACUUGUUGUAACAACUUUUUUUGGAGUAGUUUUGGGUUUCUUUAUAGGAGUAUCCUUCCCAGCAUUGUCAUUAACUAAGCUAAAUAUUCCAUCCAGCUUUCUUCCCGCUACUAUUCAGCUCUCGUACACUGAUGACACAACUUCAGGUCUCCCUACUCAGAUAAAUGAGUGGUCUUCUGCAAAGAUUAAUGAUAGCAGCUCAAAGGAAGACCAGCAUUUAAAUGAUCCAACAAAGAUUUGGGUCACAACAAACCCUAAAGGUGCAGAAAGACUACCACCAGGAAUUGUUGAAGCUACAUCAGAUUUUUAUCCGAGGAGAUUGUGGGGUAACCCCAAUGAGGAUUUGACCAGUCAUCCAAAGUACCUUGUCACCUUCACUGUUGGUUAUGAUCAGAAAAAGAAUAUUGAUGCAGCUGUGAAAAAGUUUUCAGAAAAUUUCACCAUCCUCUUAUUUCACUAUGAUGGUCGGACAACUGAGUGGGAGGAGUUUGAGUGGUCACAACGAGCUAUUCACGUGAGUGUCCGGAAGCAGACUAAAUGGUGGUAUGCUAAACGAUUUCUGCAUCCUGACAUUGUGGCUCCAUAUGACUACAUAUUUAUCUGGGAUGAAGACCUUGGAGUUGAGCAUUUCGACGCAGAAGAGUACAUAAAACUAGUCAGGAAGCAUGGUUUGGAGAUUUCUCAGCCUGGUUUAGAGCCUAAUAAAGGAUUGACAUGGCAGAUGACUAAAAGAAGAGGUGAUCGAGAAGUACACAAAGACACGACUGAGAAACCUGGCUGGUGCACUGAUCCACAUCUGCCUCCUUGUGCAGCUUUUGUUGAGAUCAUGGCCCCAGUGUUCUCCCGAGAUGCAUGGCGUUGUGUGUGGCAUAUGAUUCAGAAUGACUUGGUCCACGGUUGGGGUCUUGAUUUUGCUCUUAGAAAGUGUGUAGAGCCUGCCCAUGAGAAAAUAGGAGUUGUAGAUUCCCAAUGGAUUGUUCACCAAACUGUUCCUUCACUCGGGAACCAGGGUGAAUCACAUAAUGGGAAGGCACCAUGGCAAGGGGUGAGAGAGAGGUGCAGAAAGGAGUGGACAAUGUUUCAAAGUCGUUUCUCAAAUGCAGAAAAAAACUACUUCAAAUCACAGGGGGUUGAUCCUUCAAUAGCUCAUUAGGGAACAGGAACAGCAAUAACAGGAGUGGACUACUGUACACAAUCACCACCACUAUAAUGCUUAGCCUUUUUGUCCCUUUUUUUUUGUCCAUACAUUAAUUUGUAGAACCCAUUAUCAUUAUUAUUAUUAUUAUUAUUUCAUUUACUACA